AUGAUUCUGGUGAGGUUUUAGAGGCAGUUGGAAAACAUACCCUUGAGAUUAUCCGUGGACAUGGAUCAUGUGGGGGAUACAUGAUGGCACACCUUAAAGAUGGAAGGUUUGACUGUUCCUAGAUAAUAGUUCAAGAUAUAUUAAAAGAGGUAGAUCCAGAAGGUUGCCAGUUGAGGAAAGCUCACCGGUUGAAGAGGAGGACUUAUCACUGUCUUGGGCGAAAUGAUACUUGGCACAUAGAUGGUUAUGACAAACUGAAGCCCUUUGGGUUUCCCAUACAUGGGGCCAUAGAUGGCUUCAGCUGGAAAAUAUUAUGGCUUGAGGUUACCAGGUCCAACAACUCACCAGACAACACUGCCACUUACUUCUUAAGUACUGUAAAGGAAUUGAAAGGGUGCCCUAGACAGCUAAUUACAGAUCUUGGCACUGAAAGUGGAUUGGCAGAAUUAAUGCAGUCUUAUUUUCAUGAUGAUGCUGAUGCCGACAGUUAUAUCUCAUCACCUAGAAACCGAAGAAUUGAAGGGUGGUGGUCAUUUUAUUUAUGGAGCAGGUCAACAUGGUGGCGCAAUUUUUUCCAAGAUUUGGAACUUGAGGGUGUCUUGUACUCUUCUGAAUUAAGUAUGGAAUGUUUGUGGAACUGUUUUGCACCAGUUAUCCAGAACGACCCUGACAUUGUUAAAGAACAUCGGAACAGCCACAGAAUUAGGAAAAGUAGGCACAAAACUGUCCCUGGUAGACUGAUUCACUAUUCUAUUUGCCUAAGUUUCAUGGGGCUGUUGGAAACCUUCUGCUAA